UUUUUCUUUUUUUUUUAGCCUUUUCUAUCAUGUUCUCACAUUUUUUCUCUCUUAUUUUACACGAAUUAAACAGAAAUUGUUGGUUAUUAAUACCUUUGUCGUAUAUUAUUUAUCGUUUGACAAGAACUUUUUUGGCACUUUUACAGGCAUUUUUAAUUUAUUUUGUUGCUCCUCUUUUUUAUACUCCAAAUUUGGAUAUUUAUGUUAAUCGAUGGACAGCUGUAAGUGGCGGUACUGAUGGUAUUGGAAAGGCAUACAUUUUCGAAUUGGCGAAACUUGGACUUCGAAAAUUUAUUUUGAUUGGAAGGAGUGAAAUUAAAUUAAAUGCUGUCAAAGAAGAGAUUGAAUCACAAUAUAAAAAUUCAUGUGUUGAAACGAUCCUUUUUGACUUCAAUAACGCUAUUUACCCGGAAUAUGCUGACAAAUUGAGGCGUGAACUCUCUCAAUUUAACAUUGGAUUUGCUUUAAACAGUGUUGGCGUUGGAAGGGAAUUUCUUGAGCGUUUUGGAGAUAGGCCAGAAGCUGAUCGUCAACUUUUUAGAGUUAAUGCUUUUGGGGCUGUUGAGUUUAUUUCUGCUGUUUUGCCUUCAAUGGAACGUUAUGGAGGUGGUCAAAUUGUUGUUCUUUCUUCAAGUCAAGGGUUUAGGCCAAUUCCAUUACUUGCUGCAUAUUCGGCGACUAAAUCAUUCGUUUCUUUCAUUUCUGAAGCUGUUGAUCGAGAAUAUUCAACAAUUUCUGUUCAAUGUUUAACUCCAGCACUUGUAGCUACAAACAUGACAUAUUAUAAAAGCGGCUCUUUGUUUGUUGUUACACUAGAAAAAUUUGCAAAACAAGCAAUUGGCACUUUAGGUUUAGUUAAAAUGACUAGUGGAUGUUUUAACCACGAAAUUCAGCUUUUGAUUCGUCAUUUAUUUCCUUGGAGUUUGUUAAAAUAUUUGGUUAUGCCUAUUUAUUGGCAUCAUCAAAGAAGAAUGAUUAAAUUACAUGGAAAUAUAAAUUCCAACAAUUCAUUAAAAACAAAAUUUAAUUCAAAUACUUCACAGAGAAUUUCAAAAAUUCCAACCCCAACAACCACAAAUAUUGGAGAAGUAACUGUUAGAAAUAGAGCUUGA